UGGGGUCUGGUGAAUAAGGGGCAUCCAUGUGGGGGCAGCAUUUCCCUGACUCCCACAUCCCUCCUCUGUGCUGCUCCCCAAACAGAGCUCCAGGCAUGGUUGCCGUGACCCUGCUGCUCUACAUCCUCCCAAAAUGCCUUCAAGGCUGAGGGUGGAGGGGCUGGAGGAGGACAGAGACCCCACAAAGACCCUCAGAGGGAAGGACCAGCCUCCAAACCCCACUUUACCUGGAGGGAGAGAAAUACAGGAUGGAGCCAGGGGUGUCUGCUGCCACAGUCCAGCCCUCAGUGAGAUGAAGUCAGAUGGGGAUUCAAUCUGGGGGAUCCCCACCUACAGAGAGCCCAGUCCUCAGAAACAAGAGCCAGGCUCAUGGGUGGGCAUUUCCCCUUUUGGUGUCACUGUGGGUGUAGCAAGUCUGGGAGUAGAAGGCAAAAGCCACAUCCUGUGCCUCUGCAGCCAGAUGCCGAGGCUCCUCCGCAGGCACCGCAGGCGCUGUGCGCACAGCAUGGCCCUCACACUAGCAGCCCUGCUGUACCUCGGCCUGAGUGUGGACUCCACAGCCCAAGGUCAGGGGGGAAGCUUCCCUAGACCGGUCCUCCGGGCUGAGCCCUGCUCUGUGGUCGCCCAGGGAAGCGCUGUGACCUUGUGGUGUGAAGGGGCCAGGAAGGCCAAGGAGUUCCGUCUGCAGAAAGAACACAGUGUUCAAUGGUCCACAAAUACCCUGGAAACAUGGGGGAACAGGACUUCCUUCUUCAUCCAGUCGAUGAAAAAGGGUGAUGCUGGGCGCUACUUCUGUGUCUACCUUAGCCCUGUUGGCUGGUCAGACCAUAGUGAGCCCCUGGAGCUGGUGGUGACAGGGCUGGAAAGCUACCUGCAGAUUCUCAUCGGGGUCUCAGUGGCCUUCCUCCUUCUGCUCUUCUUCCUCCUCCUUUUCCUCCUCUGGCACCGGAGUCAGGACAAAGGCAGGAAAUCAGCAGAGACUGGGGCAGGGACUGUGGAGUCAGUGCCUGGGGACAGAGGCCUGCCUGGGAGCUCCAGCCCAGCUGCUGCUGUCCAGGAAGAAAUCCUGUAUGAGGAUGCUGCUGCGAAGGACACAGAGCCCAAGGAUGGGGUGGAGCUGGACAGCAGGGCUGCUUCCCGUGAGGACCCCCAGGAUGUGACCUAUGCCCAGCUGUGCCAUGUGGCGCUCACACAGCAGAUGGCGGCCCCCCCAGCAGAGCCGAGCCUGUAUGCCUCGCUGGCAGCAAGGAGCCCCAAGGGCACUAAGCAGUGACCCUGGGCUGGCCUGCAGAUAACCUACAUGAGACCCCCAGGAGAUUGUGAACCUGGCCCUUUUUCUGCUCAGAUAUUGAAUACCGCACUGUUUUGAAGCUAAAGCAAGCCAUUUCUCAACAAGCAAGGAGAGCAAUGAGAUAUGAAUGGAAGGGAACGGUUAACUGUGCUCAAGGGCUGGGAAGAUGUCUGGCUCAGUGGUAGGGUGCUUUCUUUCCUCGUAUGCCUGAGGCCCUGAGUUUGAUUC